AUGUUGAUCCUGGAGAAGAAGGAAAAAGAGGAAGACAGAGACCAUGAAUCAUUCAUGGAUCGCUGCCUAAGGCUCUAUUCCAGCAAUCCACCAUUGCCUCCACCACCAAAUGAUGCAAUCGGGCAUAGACAAGUUUCACAUGAUGAGCUAUCUAUUGAAGUAUCAGACAAAAUACCACCUGAUUAUAUUGAAGCCUUGAAGAAGCUUCCAAAAUUCAAGAAAAAUGCAACAACCUUGAACGCUUCUCUUUCUAAACUUCUUGCCUCUUACCACCGAAGAACUGGAGAUGACACUUUGAGACAACAACUGGAAGACGUGAACUCGCUGACAGAGGAACUGAUUGAUAGGACUAUGACCAAAUUUUUAGAACAGGUGAAAGAUGGCAGUUGGACAACAGGUGGAUGGUCUCAAGUAAACACUGACUACUCAGUGUCAAAACUUGUUGUGAAUGCAUACACAAGGUUUAUGGCAAAGACACUUUCAGAUCGCCCAGAGGGUCAGAAGAUAUACAUCAAUUGUAAAUCAAUUAAAAUUUAG